CCCGGCAGGAAGCGAGGGUGCGGCGCAGAGAAAGCACCCCAAGGGCGCGGGAGUUCCCUUUUAGGCUCUAAUCCUUCCUUUUUCUAGCCCAGGAAGAAGGCGGGGGCGGUCCCCCUGAAUGCCCGCCCUCAGGGAGUGCGGAGGCGGCAGGCACGGCCCCUCUAUUUGCAUAGCGUCCGGGACGUGGCGCGCACCGAGGCCGCUUCCGCGUCUGGGGGACUCCAAGUCCCGGAAUGCCUGGCGGAUGUCUCAUAUGGAGCUGGCUUUGGACGUGGGUGACCAUGACCUCCUGAGCUUUCUGCUAGAGGAAAGCGGAGAUUUGGGGGCGGCGCCCGAUGAGGCUUUGGAGGCGCCGCUGGAUUGGGAGCUGCCACUUUCUCAGGCUCUGAGCGAUUGGGAUGUAGAGGAUUUCCUGAGCUGCCUGCCGAGUCCCCCAGCAUCGUUGAACGUUUUCAGCAACUCUGACCCCUGUCUUGUCCACCAUGAUCACACCUAUUCUCUCUCACAGGAGCAUGUCUCCAUAGAUCUAGAUAAUGAGAGCUGUGGAAAAGAGGAGGCUCAGAUGACUGCAUUGCAUGAGGAGGAGCUGGCAGAGCAGGAACCCCAGGAGAUUGCUAGGCUGAUACUGACUGAGGAGGAGAAGAGGCUAUUGGAGAAGGAGGGCCUUACCUUGCCUGGGACAUUUCCUCUCACUAAGAUGGAGGAACAAGUUCUGAAACGAGUGCGGAGGAAGAUUCGAAACAAAAAGUCUGCUCAAGAGAGCCGCAGGAAGAAGAAGGUGUACGUGGGGGGUUUAGAGAGCAGGGUCCUGAAAUACAAAGCCCAGAAUCUGGAGCUACAGAACAAAGUACAGCUCCUGGAGGAACAGAAUCUGUCCCUCUUGGAUCAGUUGAGGAGACUUCAGGCCGUCAUAAUUCAGACAGCAAACAAAGCCAGCAGCGGCAGCACCUGUGUCUUGGUCCUACUGUUCUCUUUCUGUCUCCUCCUCGUACCUGCUAUGUACUCCUCGGACACAAGGGGGAGCCUGUCAGCUGAGCGUGGAGUGUUGUCCCGCCAGCUUCGUGCCCUCCCCAGCGAGGACCGUCCCCAGCUGGAGCAGCCUGUCCUGCAGCUAGAGGUACCGAAGGACAGCUUGGACCAUGAGCUCCAGGCUCCUAGCAACUCUUGCUGCCUCUUCUAUCACAUGCCUCAGGCUCCUAGGGCAGAGCCUCCCCUGAAGUUGCCACUGCCUGACCAUUUCUCACAGUCCUUCUUCCCAGAUCCUAUCUCUCCCUUGCAUGCAAAUCUCACAAGAGAGAGAGGAUGGCUCCCUACCCACAGCCCCACAUGUGUUAUCUUGCAGGGCAGAUACUCAGGCUAGAUGUGAGGAUGUGGGGGGCCUUGGCUGCAGUCUGGCCCCCCCAGUCUGU